GUCCUUUACUUCACCUUGUCUCCUCCUUAGACCACUGGUCACAUCCCUCGUACCUUGGGGGCCAUGUCCCUCUUGCAUCAGUCGUCGCCACUCGAGGUGACUGUCACCCCUGCCCAGUCGUCCUUUUUCGCCGGCGAGGAGCUCAGGUGUCUCAUCACAUUCACCAAUCGAAACAUACCCGUUCCAGCAUCGCAGCCUCUUCCUUCCACUUCACGCUUCCCAGGAUCCCUCGACGCAUCCUUCUCGCGAGAUAGACGGACCAUCAGCGAUGCAGAGGCGGUCACUUCCACACCUCCUCCAAAGGGUCACGUGAAGAGUCAGAGCUUUGACAUACGCUCUGCCCCUGCACGCAACGGCAAACAGAGACAAACGAGUAGCGGAACAGGCAUUAGAGAGGAAGGGGAGGAGGAUGGUGAAGCUGCAAUCGACUACGACCUCGCAGGCAAUGUACUGCCCACACGCAAGAGAGUCAUUGGGAAGCAUGCGUUGCCGUCUAGACUACCGUCUGCUGGCAGAGCUGCGUUUGAGAAGAAGCAUACAAAGUCUGCCAGUGUAGCCGCCCUUCCCAAUCCUACAGCAACAUCUUCCCCUGCGCAAGCGCCAAAUCCUCGCAACAAAGCAGCCAUAGGGUUGGGUUAUCCGAGCACUGCUGGCUCAGGGCCCAGCGCGAACACCCUAGGGGCAUCGCGGCCUGUACCGGGAGCAUCAGACACAGUGAAUUCGAGAGGUAAUACACGCCGCCUGUCCACCUCGAUACAGGCCGAUCAUCCUCAUUCUCGCAAGAAGUCUGUGAUACAGGUACAACACGAGGAUCUAAGUGCAGCCUUUGAGCUUUCUAAUGGGGCGCAGGGCUCACGCUUGGGAAAGGGUGGGCAGGCUGCUUUUGGUGAUGACACGACAAUACCAGGAGCGUAUGACAUGACUCCUAGCCAGAGCAGGGACACUUCCCUUUCGGAGAAUGCUUUCUACGGCCUGGGGCGGAACGACACUAUGGAGAGCGUCGUACGCGAUCAGCUCACUAGCUGGAGUCAUGGAGGAGCGCCUCCGAGUCGUAGACCGAGCGCUUCGAACGUCUCCAGCAGCCCUCAAGUACCCGAUAUCGCUACUGGCUCCAGUCCCCUCUUCCCCCAGCGCGGUACUGCUGCUCCUGGUACGGAGACUGUUCUCUGGUCCUUUGCCCAGUUCUCAGGGUCGUACGAAGUAGACGAGUCCCUCAUCAAGCCGGGCGAAUUCGAAGAGGUCAAGCGGCGUCUGGCCUUUGGAGACGCUCUAUCGGCAAGUGGCACAUCAGCACCGCGAGCUAUCGGAGGAGGUGAUCUUGGUCAUGACGAGAAUGGGGAUGCUGCUGCAGCUAAGGGGUGGGCAGCCUACCUUCGCAACGCGCUCGGUGGAGCAGAGGGAGGGCAAGCUGCUUCGAGCAGGCAUCGAAGAACUGGAUCGACGAUGUUGGAGGUCAGGCAGAAGACCAUGGCUAGCAAGACUAUCCCAACUUUUAGCUCCCCUCCCUCCAUCGUGGCAGUUGACUUGAACCUCUUGCCUGGCGAGAGCAAGACGUACAGCUUCACGAUGCAGCUGCCUACCGAUCUUCCUCCCUCCUACUUUGGUAAGGCGAUCAAGUUCACGUACGAACUCGUCAUAGGCACCAAUCGAGUUGACUCUCGCAAAAUCGCAGCUAAGGCAGGCAAUCAACGCAGUCGGCUGAUCAAGAUACCCCUGCGUAUAUACAAUCAUGUGAACAUCGCCGGUGCUAGAGCCUUCUUUGACCUCACGAAUCCUGUCAUCCUUUUGCGAGAUACUGCAAAGAUCAGGGAGGAGGAUUCGGACCUGAAGUCCACAGAGGCAAAGCGGAGAGCGGAAGAGAUGGUCAAGCAGAUGUCGAGUGACUCUGCACAAGGUGUCCGAAGGCAAGAACGAGGUGAACGCAGCCGUCGAGAUCUUCAGCUCUACGCACGCUCCCUGCUAGCAUCUUGCGAGGGUGGUGCAGAGGCUGCAGAUGGAGUAACUACUCUCGAGACGGAGAUGAAACAUCUCAUAGCCAGUCCUCCGCAGACGCUACGGCAACUCGAGGGCAAGACUGCCGCCAAUGGCGCCUCGGUACCACUGAGAAGAAAUUCCAGCGUGUCGGCCGCUGGCGAGGAGGAAGCCCCUGAGUCUUGCAAGAGCGCUAUUGAGGUGCUGACACGAAACUCUCAGAAGGUCUCCUACGACAUCUCCAAAGAUGGCGCGGUUGCGGCGGUGCUGACGCUAGUGAAGAGCAAGUACCGAUUGGGCGAUUCCAUCCUGGGCGUAGUCAACAUCAACAGAGUAGGCGCAGUAGCUCGAGUCGUCAGACUUGCCGCUGUCCUCGAGAGCUACGAGGAAGUGGAAGCAAGUCUAGGCACUAUGACUGCCGGGCGGAUGCAGAAGGCGACUCGUAAAAUUCAUGCAGAGCACCAUGACAACACCCUCGACGCAGGGCAAGCUAGCUUCUCGUUACCUAUACCCAGUGGCGCGACGCCUGACUUUUCGACUAGUGGAGUCAAACUUCACUGGACUGUCCGUCUCUCCUUCCUGACCCAAGUGGCCGAGCACACCAGUAAAUCUGCUCCCCGUCCGCUCCCACCUCCUCACCUCCACCCAAGCUCCGAGGAGGACGGCUUUUCCCUCUACCACUCUCGAUAUCGAGCCAUACCUAGGCUGAGCGGGCCGAUCGGGUCGCUCUUUCCUCCUUCAACUGACGACAAUCGAAAUAAAGAGAGCAAGGGAGGCGAGGAAGAGGAUGCACUGAGGGAGAACUUUGGGAGGGACGUCAAGCUAGAGAUAGUUGAGUGUGCAGUAGCCGUGACCGUCCUGCCGAACAGUACGAGCUUCAAGCCGAGCCCGGUAAGCUUUGCUGCUUAGCCCAGCCUGGCCUGGCCUAGCAAGAGGGAAAAGGGGGAAAGGCUAAAGGGUUGGAUUGAACCUACAGAGUAGAAGGGGCGGGGAAGAGGUUUGGGCGCGCCUGCGUAGGAUCUUCUCUCUGUCACUUCGCAAAGCUGUGCAUCGCACUUCCCAUAUCCAGUGCAUAAUGUUAUCACCAUCCUCAUCCUCUCU